AUGGCAGAACGCCCCAUUCCAUGGGAUGAUGAUCCCUGGGAGGAAGCUUAUGCGAGUCCUGAAUCAUCAGGAUCAGCCACAUCAAGUUUAUCUGCGGGGAAAAGGUCUCGAAGAAAUCAAGGGUCUUCAGAAGACUCCGAUGAUUCUAUCACCGUACGGGUCCAAAGUUUUCGCGCUGGCGUUCCCUCACUCGUUCAGUUAGGAACAAAGUGGGAGCCAGUACCACUCUCCUCUCCUCUAAGGCAAGAAUGGGAUACGAUUUUGAAGCCGCGAGUACUGGAAAUUCUUGAAGAGUACCAGAUCGAUCUGCAAGCCUCCCAUUUCAUUUAUUAUCUAACCGAAACUUCCGCGGAAAUGACAUCACAGCCAAAUAUCACAACGCUCAUAAGAGCAACCGCAAAGGAGUCUGAACAGGAAUGGAUCCCCGUCGUGGAAGCUCUCAGGAAAUACUACCUCAGUGCCAAUAGGCCAGAGAUAAAUAUUGAGUUACGUGAUGAGAGAUCUGGUGAAAGAACGGAGUGUUACCCUGUUGAAUCAUCCGAAGCUGUCGUUCCAAUCUGGAAUAAUAACGUGGAACGUCAGAUGAUUCUGAAGUUACGAGGGAGAGACUGGCUAACCCUAUCAUUAUUUCGGCGAGGUAAACCGUCUGGUCCCAAACCGCUAGUUGUCGUCUUGACAGUGUCGAAAGCUUCUACGCACGACUGGGUCAGUAUUCGUGAAGAGCUUGUGCGGAUAUUGGAUUUUUAUCACCUCAAAUAUGUUGGUGUUGAGAUACUUCGAGGGGAAAAAGUAUUCGGGACCGCCAAUAACUAUGAUAGAAUGCUCCUCACUGAUGACACGUUCACCAAGGGGAUGUCAAUGGGCCGCAGUAUCGGACCAAGGGGUUCGCAAAAUCACGCGUCCACAUUUGGGGGCUUUAUCAGACUCCAAAAUCUAAAGGGGAAUUGGCAUACUUUUGGUCUUACGUGUUUCCGUUCGGUCGCUCCGGACGGCUGUGGCCACCCGUCCUUGAAGACUUGGCAGCGCGAGGGAAUCACCGUUGGUGAUAAGACUAAUGACUUAGAGAUGGAUUCUCCGAGCCUGGGGGAUGCGGAAGAGACGGCAAGAGAAUGGAGAAAAAGCAUAGACGCCAGACGAGAUAGUACGUUUCAAGAGAUUGAACGGCGACUAAAUGACCAAAACGACCUUGUCGCUCCUAGAGAAAAGGCUGAAUUUAUGGUGAAGAAACGGCAUAUUGAUACUGGACUUCAAAUAAUUAAAAAAAUCGAAACUCAUUUUGGCCAAGAUGAUGCACGCCUUGGGAAGGUAUAUGCCGCGUCCGGCUAUCGACAGAGCAAUUCCAUGGCUGUUGACUGGGCGUUAAUUGAGGUCGAUGAGUCAAGGAUUACUAGCAAUAAGCUCCCCAAAGCAGGCGGCGAUCUUCCCCCGAAGUAUGUUAUAUCCUUCCUCGCAAUGGGCGAAAAUGUGCCAGGAGUUGCCUCGAUUGAACCGGACAUGGAAGUUUUUAAAAUUGGACGCUCGACUGGGUUUACUGCUGGAAGACUUGGGGGGAUUGAAAGCUCAACCUUGCAUUCUUGGGUACAGGACGAAAUGGGGGCCUGGGUGGAAGAAGUUGAAUCAAAGACCUAUACUAUCUUUACCAACAAAAAGUUCAAUUAUGAGUUUGGAACACGGGGGGAUUAUGGUUCCUUUGUGCUGGAUUCCUAUGGGAACUUUGCUGGGUUGUACUUUGGCGGUACCACGGACUUGCGCGGGGUGGGGUUUUUCACAAGCGCAGAUGAUCUGAUCAUGGACAUCAAGAGGGUUACUGAAGCGAAGGAUGUUCGGUUUGAUGUCUAG